UUCAAUGGAGCAAUAUACUCUGCCCUGUUUGGAGCUCUGAAUGUGGGGCCAGCGUGUAAAUAACACAACACGAUGAAGAUUUUGUAUUUUGUUGUUUUCAUGUUUAUUAUAAAUUGUGAAGCUAAAAAGAAGGAUUCUAAUACUUCAUACAAGGAAUUUUUAGAGAAUGAAGACACACGUCUGUCAAAGAAAGGUGCUAAAUGCAGUCUGAAGAAGAUGACUCGCAGAAGCUUAGAGAAUAUACGACUUGUCUCUCAGGAUGAUGGCACAGCCCGUUGCAUCAUCCAGUAUCUCUUGGACUACCCAGACGAUGGUUUCCUUUGGUCCGUCCUUGGGAAUAUAUACCUUCUCAGGAAAGAUCCAGUAGCCUCCCAAAUCAAUGCAUGCUUUAAACAAGCCAACAAAUACACAGGACAAUACACGCCAUUCAUUAAAGACUGGAAUUUUAUUGGACCAUUUGUGAUUGGCAAAAUGGAACUGGAUGGAGAUCCAAUUGAGGCAUUUGGUGGAAUAAGAAAUGUCUCAAAAUACCGUUUUCGUAAAGAGAGCAAAUUCUUUUCUGAGUUGGUACCAGAGGGUGAAGUGAAUUGGAUGUCAUACCACCAAAAGUCGAAGGAUCAAAUGUUAAAGGUCACACCAAAGGUCAACUGGAAUGACCUUGUGAGCUCGCUUGGGUCGAUGGGAAUAACUGAAUGGCAGGGAUGGAUAGUUGGAGAUUUUGCCGUCAAUGUAGACCAUUUAAAUUUCAUCGUCCAGUGUAUGGGCGUAAGCUCUGUGUAUGUGGAUGGGAUGUUGUAUGUUGGGGAUUUAUAUCAUCGAAGUAAAUUUUCAUUUGGCGUCGGUCUCAGUCGAGGGAUACAUUCACUCCAUAUUAGGCUGAGGGCAAAGGUAUCGGCAACUUUUAACUGUGUUUUAACAACCAUGUCGAAAAACUUUGAAGUGUUAGCCCCAACCUUCCUUCCUGACUUAUACAAUGGUAAUAUAUUUGGCAGAUACAUCUCUAUACCUGUAGCAAAUUAUCAUCCGACCAGAUGGGUAAAAAAUUUUCGUUUGAUGGUCACAGACCAGUCAGAAGGAGAGAUGCUCGAAAUGAAACCUUUGAAAAACGAACUUGCUUUGGCACCUGGGCAAAUCAGGCCUUUCCAUGUUAAAAUCAUAAAUAAAUCUCCGAAAAUAUUAUCUUCUUGUCGGGACAUAGAAGUUGAGAUAGCCAUAUCCACAUCAGAGGGGGAAGAGAACUUUCCGCUCAAUAUACGAUGUCGCAAAGCAGGAGAGUCUUUCCUGUUCACAUUUUUGGACCAUGACGGGUCAAUACAGCAUGGGGCAGCGGUUCAACCAAUCAGAUCAUGUAGUGGCCAGCUCUGUCCGAUCGUAUUGUCUCUUCAUGGCACGACAGUACCACCACAAAACCAGGCUGACAGUUACAAGAAAAUGGUGGACAAGGAGUUCGAGUUUGGAGUUGAGCAUGCUUGGCUUGUAGCACCUACAAGACAUGGAGCCCACAACUGGGAGGGGCCUGGUGCACUGACAGCAAUGUCGGCCAUGUUUGCCCUGACAGAUAUUGUCCACGACUCGGCCUGGAUAGAGGACAAGGCAGACCCACACCAUGUCAUAUUUGCAGGCCACUCCAUGGGGGGUCACGGGGCGUGGCACUUGGCGACCCACUUCCCUGACCGGGCGCUGGCCCUAGUGUCCCUGGCGGGCUGGAUUAAGAAGGAGGAGUACGGAGACAGCAACCUGUUCUUCAAACAUGACCUGUCAACCAGUCAUACUGACCCAGCGGUCAAGGCCGUCAUGGAGGCAUGUAUUGGGGAGAACGAUGCUGACAGACAUGUCUCCAAUCUUCAGCACGUCCCGGUGUUGGCCCGUAUUGGGGGUGGUGACCGGACUGUCCACCCCUUCUUCGUGCGGCGGAUGUACCGUCUGCUGCAGGAGUACCGAGUGCCGGUCAACUACACCGAGCUGGCUGGCAAGGAGCACUGGUGGUGGGACACCUGGGAGACGAACGAUGGUGGCGUGGUCAACGACCAGCAGCUGCGUGACUUCAAGUCCAGGCACAUCACCUCUCAUCUGAACAGCAGGAGUUGUUCCACGGAUGACGAUGACUGUGGCGAGGACUCAGGCGAGAAUAAAUACUCCCAGCAUGCAGCUGAAGAUCAGUUCACACUGACGACAGUCAACCCUGCUUUUGGCGAGGGUUUAAGGGGGGUGAGAAUUCUGAGUCAACUCGUCCCAUACAGACUGAGUACUGUGGAGGGCAGAGUGUCAGGAAAUACUGUUCACCUGACAACUAGGAAUGUGUGGAGGUUUAGAAUUAAGGAGCCCAAACAGAGAAAAGUUCAUUGGAUGGAAAGAUUUAUCAGGCUUGAUGGAGACUUCACGGUGGACAGAGACAUGUUAGCAGAGAUGGCCAAGAAUGAAGACAGUCACUUGUCCUGGAUUGAUGGGGAGUGGGAGUUCGUUCAUCGCAGCGUGUACGAGAGACGUGAGAGAGGCCCGGACAACCUAGGGCCUGCCAGGAGAGUGGCAGAGCGCCAGUUUUUGAUCAUUGUAGGUACCCAAGGGUCAAUGAUGAAAAGCCACACGCUUUUGACGUCAGCUGUCUACAUCGCUAACCAGUUCUACCUGACAUCCGACACCACCGCCAGUAUUGUACGUGACACCGAUGUCACCCCUGACAUGGUAGACAAGAGAAACAUAAUUCUCCUGGGAAGUCCCAACGAGAACCUCCUGACAUCCACGACUCUUACUGGACUGGGUCUGUCUGUCUCUGAUUCUGGAGAAACAGCGAGGUUGGGGAAAUGCAAGUUCUCGGAGCAACGGACAGGUGUCCUCACACUGGCUCCUAAUGGUCGGCGCCAUCUUGCCUUGGUGCUCAUGGGAUUGUCUAAAGAAGGAUUGAUGGACAUUAUCUCCCUUGCCACGCCUACUAUUCCACCAAUGGCAAGGUCACCAUUCUCUAACCUGGUCCCGGACUAUGUGAUCACUGGACCAGACUUUGGCUGGAAGGGCCCGGGGGGCUUCAGCUGUGCUGGUUUUUAUGGCAACCAGUGGGAAUACAGAAGUGAUCUCUCCUCCUGCUCCUGUUACUGAUGUUCGCUGUCUUGGCUGAGAUGGAAGUGGGAUGCAGAUUAUAACAUGCUGACAGGCACCAGUUUAAAAAUGUGUUUGCUUGAAAACAAUUUCUUCAUUUUGUUUCAGCCAAUCCUAAUGUCAACUGCAUUGAUUCAGAAUGGACAAGGAUCUGUAUAUUUAUAUUUAUCAUCCAAAACUGGGUCCCACAGGAGGUAUCGCUUGUGUGAGAUGGAGCAAUAUCUACAUUGUAGGCAUUGUCUUCAAACUGAAAAAGUUGGAAGAAUGAUAUUGGAUGAUAUAGAUAAAAUGUCACCCGCGUUACCGAGUGUCUCGGGAAGCCUCGGAGUUUUACCACUUUUAUCAACUCGUGUUGAUAUAUUUGAUAUCAAAAGACACUCGGGUGAGAUUCUCUAUAUGUAUAUAUGAAACAUGUAUGUAUAUAUAUGUGUAUAUAUGAAACAUGUAUAUAUAAUUGUCCCAAUGGAGCAGGUAAUGAUGAUAUUGUUUCAUAGCAAACAUUUGUAUUUUGAUUGAUCUCAAGUAUUUAAGAUUUUAACAUUUUUAAAAUGUUUUCAAAUUUGUCAAUACAACUCAAUUUUUUCCACAGGACUUCAGUACAAUCUUUGUUGGUUGUGUGUCAUGCGGGACGUGAUGCGUAAACAUUCCAUAUUUUAGUAUCAACUUACACUUCCCAUGUCCCAGGCUCAAGUAGACCUGCUGCCCCAGUGAUAAGUCUGGGAUAUUAUUGACCACUAUAGGUGUAGCGAUUAAUUGAGAAAUUUCACCUGAUAUGGUACAUGAUACGUCUACUCAUGCAUCCAUUCAUGUUAUAAUUCUAAAUCAGUUUUCAAAAAGUGUUCACCGGUUUGAAGUUUGUAAUAACCUGGCCUGAUAACAAAUCGGAGCAGCAUCACCUAACCGCCAAUCACAAAACAGUAUGCCACAUCUGAUUACAUAAUGCUGUUGGAACCAGCAUAGAUUAGCUAUUCAUGAACCUAUUUUAGCCAAGCCACAUGAAACAUUUGAAUUUCAUACAAAAAGGUGCAAAUUAACUGUUUUGAUAUGUAUCGUAUCAUGACUCAUUUAUUAUCUACAAGUUCA